AUGGCUGGAAAUCUCUUGACCCUGGGGCGGCUGGGCGCAGUGCACGUUGUGACGGCGGCGCAGAUGAUGGUGGUGCAGGGACGACCUGGAAUGGAAAUUGAUUGUUGCGGCCCUUCCAGGCAGCAAAAAGACGGGAAUCGACCCUCCACAGAUUUGGCGCCGAGUCGGAGAAGUAGUGCGAGCGCUUUCACAGUGCUCCACCCAAUCCCUGGAGCGCAAAACAGCGUACGGACCUGUUUCUCGCUUGAGCUUGGUGACUCGGAAGUCAAGGCGAAAAUGCGCGGGGUGGUCUUUGGGCGGAAGUAA